CCCGUGUGAGGCCGGCAGCGCUGCGAGGGGCUCGUACGGCGGCGAUGGGGCGGGGGGGCCGCGGGCCCGGGGCGGCGGCGCUGGGCUUGUAUGGGGCGCUGGCGGCCCUGGUGCUGUUGGCGGUGCGGGACGUGCUGCUCCUGUACGAGGAGAACCGGUGUAGCAUGACCUACAUGUACGAGUACCCCGAGUACCUGAAAAUAAAACUACCUAAGAAAAUAUCCAGACGCUAUCCAGCUUAUGAGCUCUAUCUUUAUGGGGAAGGAAAUUAUGCUGAAGAAAACAAAAAUUUGUUGCUGACAGGGAUUCCAGUUCUCUUCCUUCCUGGCAAUGCUGGGAGUUACAAACAAGUGCGUUCUCUUGGCUCUAUAGCACUUAGAAAGGCAGAAGACAUUGACUUCAAGUACCAUUUCAAUUUCUUCAGUGUCAAUUUUAACGAGGAGCUGGUUGCACUAUAUGGUGGUAGUCUGCAAAGGCAGACCAGAUUUGUUCAUGAGUGCAUAAAAGUAAUCCUUAAAUUGUACAAGGAUCGUGAAUUUGCACCAAGCAGUGUUGCAAUAGUAGGCCAUUCCAUGGGUGGUCUUGUAGCAAGAGCAUUGCUUACUCUAAAGAACUUUAAACCUGAGCUUAUCAACCUCCUCAUUACACAAGCCACACCUCAUGUUGCACCUGUAAUGCCUUUAGACAAAUAUCUUACUGAUUUUUAUACAGCUGUAAACAAUCAUUGGAUUUUAAAAGCCCAGGAUGUAAGAAAUCUAACUAUCCUUUCUGUGGCGGGAGGAUUCAGAGAUUACCAAGUUCGUUCAGGACUGGCUUUUCUACCCAGAUCGAGUCAACAUAAUAGUGCCUUAUCUGUUGUGAGCUCAGCAGUUCCUCGAGCAUGGGCUUCAACAGACCACCUCUCCAUAGUGUGGUGUAAAGAACUGAUAUUGGCUACCAUUAGGGCAUUUUUUGAUCUCAUUGAUGAGAACACCAAACAGAUAACUGAUGAUCCAAAGAAAAGAUUGUCAGUACUGAAUCACCACUUUGUGAAACACCCAGCAAAGCUGUAUGCGGAAAACCCUGAAACACUUACUGAACUUACAGGAGCCUUCAUUUGGAUUAAAAUCAAAACCUCAAAAUGGAACUAUACAGUAUACAAUGAAUCUGACGGAAAAUAUUUUACGUUCCCUCUUGCAAGCCACAGAAAAUCUUACAGUCAUGUUCAUUGUCAAAACAGUAUGUUGGACACAAGUAGCUGGAUUUAUGGCUGUGUAAAUAGUAAUUCCUCUAUGUGCCUGGAAGGUGUUGAUUUAUCUUGGAAAGCUGAGUUGCUGCCAACUGUAAAGGCUGUAACUCUGAAACUUCAGGAAUAUCCUUUUUUGUCCCAUCUUGUAGUCCAUGUACCAUCCACUAAUGGAAAUAAGUUUACUUUGGACUGUGAAUUUUUCAAAGAGGAUUCCAGGACAGUACAACUGCCUGUAACACAUCUGUUUUCUUUUGGGCUUUCUUCAAGCAAAAUUUUAUUAAAUUCAACUGGUCUAAUUUACAAUGUACAGCUCCAGGGCUUUGGCCAGAUAUAUCAAGCUUUUAAAAUCUACAUUGAGGGCCAAUGUCAGUCACCCAAAGAAAGAAAACAUAGUAUUUACAGACUUCAUGUACCAUGGUCACAUGAAGACUUAAUAACUGUAUCUAAAGUUCCAUCUUUAACUGAGAUUUCUGCUAAGCUCCAUAUUGCACAACCUGAAAAUGGCAGCAGUGUUGCAGUAUUAAAUAUUUAUUCAACCUCAUAUUGUCAGUAUGAAGUAACCAUCAAGACUUCUUUCUUACAAGUUCUUGGACAACUAAUAAGAUUCCAUGGUGGUACCCUUCCUGUGUAUGUUAUUUCUAAUAUUCUUCUUGCAUAUGGAGGACAAUUAAAUACAUUAAUUUUGACAGGUCAAUGUUCAGAUUUUGCUCUUGUACUCUCAAGAACAGCCAGACCCUACAAAGUAGAGCCCGCUGUGAAUAUUAUUACAUUUUUAUUGGGGUUUGCUUGGUUUAAAGAUGUAUGGGAUGCACUGUUCUUACCAGAGAUGGAUGCUGUUGUGCUGAAUAAUCAGGAUGUGUGGUUCCCUCUUGUGUCCCUGAUUCUGUUUUUUUUUGGGACAGGCAUUGCCUUUUGGGGUGGCAUAUUCUUCUCUUCAUCUCUAAGGCUCUUAUCUUCCUUCUGGUUAGCCGUGACAAGACCCUCUGGGCUUCCUAAAGACAGCAGGUUGGUCACACCCAAAAGAUCAUGUGUGACCAUUCUUCUGGUUUUCAUUAGCUGGACCACCUGUGGGGCAUUUGCUAUAUUAAUUAUUUAUCUUCACUACUUGUUCAAGGUUAUUAAACUACAUGUGAAUGUAAGAGCAGAGCAAAGAGUUCUUAAUGCGGCUCCAAAACACUCAAAAGAAACUUCAAAUAAUGCUAAUAAAGAAUUGAUAAAGAACUGCCAUUCGGUAGACCGAAGUGGAGAAGCAGCAAAGUCACUCGCCACUAGUGCAGCUGCUGAUGAAGUUGUAAACAGUUUUAAUAUGCAUGUUACAGUUAUCAUUUUACUCACAUGGAUCAUGCUGCUCAGUUUUCCAUCUUUAAUUUAUUGGGUAAAAAAUCUCAGGUACAAUAUUAGACUUGAUCCUGAUCCUUGUAGACCUAUGGCUAUUAUCCUUGUACCCGCUUUGGGAAUUCUCAUGAAUUCAAGUACUACUAAAGUAAAAUCAAGUAAACUGUUGAAGAUUGCUGCGCAAUUUCCACUUCCUUUGUCUGUUGCUGUGGUGGCCUUUGGACCAAUGCACUUAUACAGAGUACCAUACUUUGUUAUUUUUUCUCUCCUUCUACAUGUUUUAUGUUGCCUUGUGUAAUUUUCAGUUUACCAAAUGAAAUAAGGAAAAAAGGCCAGAAGUUGAGAUUUGGAAACGGUGGAAGUUGAAAUCUCUAAUCAACAUAAUUGAGAGAAAAUGACAGAAAUACGAAUGCUUUUUGCAAGUUUGAAGUUUUGUGAGAUCAGUUAGAAAGCUUGUUGUGGUGGUCCACUAACCAGGAAAAUUGAUGGAAGAAUUGCCCUGCAUCUGUGCACAUAAAUCUUUUUUUAGUACAUAAAUACUUUUAAAUGUUCUAAGUUUCAGUAGACCCAAUAUUCGUUAUUUACACUGCAGGAAUUUUGAUAUUUAAUUUCACUUGAUUUUAUGUUGAAACAUGUUUUUUCUCAGAAUGCCCUAUUACAUAUAUGCAUUGGAUUUGCAUCUUUUUGAGUUGCAAAAUGUGGUGAGUAAAAUUCACAAACAAAUUUCAAGUGCACUGUGAGUAUCACAAAAAACAACAUAGCCAAGAAUACAUUUACACAUUUUAUGCUACAUUAACAAGCUACACAAUUUACCUUUUCUUGUCUGUAAGAACAGAAUGUAUUGCUUCUACAGACCUGUUUCUAACAAAUCAAAUGUUCUAUCUAUGUUUGUUGCACAUUUGUGAGAUCACUGAAAGUAUUGGUGGCCUAUAAACUUCACCUUUUGUGAGAGUGGUAAAUUACAUAGCUUUCUAUUCAGGAAGGAUACCAGCAGAUUCAUGAACAUUUCUGUGUAAUGUUGUUAUGAAACAUUACCAAUCUCCUCCAGAAAUGGUCCAGUUCUGAAGUUCUCUGAAGAUUUAUCUACACAGGAAAGUUAGUGGGCAGUAAGGCAGCAUGUAAAUGUACAGGACCCUAGCAAUUCUGCACUAAUGUCCUGUGUGGACAGGGUCACUUCCAUUACUUUGAGUGGAGGAAUCUACCUCAUACUUUGUACAGUAAAGGCCAGAUCCUGUUCCACUUAUUAGGUGUGUAAGGAGACCUUGGCCUCCAAGCAUUGUCCUACUCUUCUGGAGUCCCUGAAAAAAUGUUAAUAUGCUUACUUUUGAAACAUACCAUCAUCUUAGCCUUAAGCUUAAGGCCCCUGCCACACAUUACAUAUAUUACACAAUUGACUGGUUAAUUGUGCAGUAAAUUUAGACUGACCACAUGUGCAAAGUAGUUAUCAUGCCACUAACCAAUUGCCUGUCAAGAAUGGUUGGGGGGGAAGCAGGUGGGGACAGAGCCUCACCCUGCUCCCCCUUCUGUCCUGCUGUUUGGGGUCUGGACCUGCUCCCCCAGCAUGCGUUACCUGCAGGGAGCAGGGCAGGGGGCAAAACUGGCCUCUUCCUUGCCGGCCACCGCUCCAUCCCGUGUCCCCACCAUCAUGGCGGUGGGCUGCCUUCUGUCAAAAUGCUUCUUUGUGCUCUGGAUGUUUUUCAGUCCAUCAGAGUGUGAAUAAAACAUUACAGACAGACAGGCAGACUUAGGCUCUUAUAUUAGAAUAAAAAUGUUUCCAGCUAUAAAAAGAGCCAAACAGCUACAAAGUUAGUGCUUGAAAAUGGGUAACAACUCUAGAGCUGUUUUGUAUCCAGCUUUAAUUUAAACAUGUGGCAGGGGCCUAAGUGUCAAAAAGGAGCAAGCAAGAGGAAAACCCAGCCUUUGUUAACUUUUUUUCAGGGACUUGAGCAGAGGGGACCAGGAUUGUAUUUAGGUGCCUAAAUGGAUUUAGGAAUCUAAUAGGUGAAAUAGGAUCUGGUCAUAAGUGUCAAUGCAAACAACAAGUGUGAAAUAGUUUGAUUGUUGUCAGUUUGUACCCUGCCUUACUAUACAUUAACUUCCUCAUGGAGACAAGUUCUUAAUAAUAGUGGGACUUAUUUGAUCAUACUAAUUAGCUCUAGAAAUUAGCAUCCUGGUAUCAUAGCAUCUAGGUAACAACCAAUAAAAUGAUCAAAAAUAGAUAUCUGUGAUGUGUGGAAAUCCCUCACUUUGGUUACCAUGUUUUCAAAGGAAAAAAAACACUGUUUUACUGAUUAAAAUGAUCUAUUGCCCUUGUAAAUCUGAUGGGUUGAUUCUAAGCAGAGAGGGAACAAUUGCUUGAUUUUUGUGUUCUCUCUCUCUCUCUCUUUGGUAUUCCUGACAGAUCUACUUGCAUUCAGUUAAUUUACAGCAUAUGCUCCAUGCAGCAGGAGAGCCAAGCCCAUUUUUUCUAUUGUAUGGAAUUGUUCUUACCUGAAGUGCCUCCAUUUAAUUCCAGCUUGUUUUUAGAACACAAUUCAGUUGAACUGACUGGAAAGACUCAUACAGGUUUCAACAGCAACUUUCCAAUCCUGAAGGAAUUUGUGACAUAAUAUUUUGCAGCACCUUGCUAUUUUUUCAGCUCACAAAUACACUAGCUGUUCACCUUACCCAUGUAUCAUAAAGACUGCUUUAAGUAUAAAUCUUUAAAAAAAAAAAUGCUAGUUAAUGGUACACUGGUUCAGUAUCUUUUUAAUCUAUGUGCUAGUUUUCUUAUCAAAAUGUUUACAUACUAAACUGUGCAUUGUGUUUAUAAAUCAGAAAGUCCUCUGAACAAAAUUACAUUAAAUAUAACAUCUAGCUACAAGCAGCUGUAUGUACAUAUACUUGUAGCAGGGUUCUGCAGUCUCUUUUUUCUAGAACUGCUAUUCAGAUGGAAAGGAAUAGAAUAGCAGUUAUUUUUAUUGUGGGUUAAUUGUAUAUCUUGGGUGAGAGAGAACAGUGGAAUCGGUAGAGUUGGCUGGACUAAUUUUAGCUAAGUGACUUUCCAAGAAAUCUGCAGGGUGUAUUUUUUUUUUUCCUGAGGAAGAUUUAUUUCUUUGUGUACACAAGUUUUCAUAGCCAUUUAUUGUAUUGCAUUACUUUGAGUUUCAUUGCCACUUAUUAUGUUGUUUGAGUUUGACUUUUGCCAUCCUUAGUUAAACUGAGUAGUUUCCUACUAGCCAUGGAAGAUCCAUUGAUUUCUUUACACCUACUGCUAUGACUUCAAUGGGGCACUGGUGAAAUGAAUUGCUAUUCAAAGUAAUUGUAAGAAAAUUGCUCCUGUGCAUAAACUGAGUUCAGGAUAUUUAUUUAAACUUUACAACAGUUUGCCAUUUUCAUGAUUGUGUCAGCAGACUCUGAAAAACACUGCCAUAGCUCAGUCUAAGACAGCUUAUUUUGUUUGAUAUAACUUUUUUACAAUUAAAAAGACAGGAAGGUUCAUUAUGGUCACGGAGUAUGACAUUCUUCCUGUCACAGGCCAUAGAAAUUCCCAUAGUAAUUCCUGCCUCUAAAUUAAAUUUAAAAGCCUGGUGGAGGGGUAGAGAAGAAAUUAGACUAUAUAUUUUAAAAAGAUAUCCUGUGAAUAAUUUUAAGACCCCAGUCAAGGAGAAUUUACCACAUCCUUUGAUGGUCUAGUGGCAACUUCUAUCAUUUAAAAAAAAAAAAAAAAUUAUUUCCAGUUUGAAUUUUACUCAUUUCAACUUCCACCUGUAGUUACUGUGUCUUACGUAAGAACCCUUUACUCUGAGUGGUGAAUCUAUGGCUUAUAGACUAUGACUAAAUAGUCUUUUAACCUUCUUUUCAAUCAGCUAAAUAAAAUGGGUUAUUAUUAGGGCUUGUCUACACUGCUACUUGAAAUGUACCCUGCCCACUCAAUCCCACUCUCUCUACACUCCAAAUCCCAGAAGUAAGGCAAUGUAACCAUCUUGAAGUGGCUCUGAGUAUGUGCCAACAAACAUGCCCAAACAAGACUACGUAAGACUAGCUUUGAACAUAUGCUCAGGGCCUCUUUAAGGCAGCUACAUUCCCUCAUUUUUGGGACAUGCCCUUAGUUUCUUAUUGUGAGUGAUUUGUAACCUGAGAACUUACUUGCAGUUUUUCUCUGGAUCCCACAUUAAGUAUUUCAACAUGCAGCUUGAAAUUUCAUACAUGGAUUUAUUUGAUCUUUCAGAUACCAAGUCUCCAAAAAACAUGCCCCUUUAAGAUAUGUCAAGUUGAACACCUAAAAACGAAUCCAAAGCCAUUGCCUGGGCACUUUUAAAAAAAGCUUUAUGCAUAAAAUAAUUUUCCAAUGAGUUAUUUUCAAUAAUGAGACAUUUUUUGUUGGCACAUCCAUCCUUCCACACCUGCAAUUGUGCAAGUUUGAUGCUGUUACAAUAUUUAUAUAAAUUUGCUUCUAUUAAUAUAAUAUUUAAUAAAGUUUGUCUUUUGUUACUAAAAAAGACAGUGUGGUGGUCAGUACAAAGAAUACAUCUUUUAAUUAAGUACCUGAUUACAUUUGUGUUUCUUUCUUUUUUGGAAAAAAACUGCUGCUUUUUGAGAGGCCCUGUAUUUACUGUUGGGUUUUUUUUGUCAUUAUACAUCAUUUUAUCCUGAAACCAUUAGAAAUACAGGUGUACCUACUUUCAGACUCUGAAUUGACUCUGUAAGGAAUAGUAUACAUAGUUACAAUACACUUUAUUUAUAUAUUUUAUUUCAAAGUUUGUAAAACAAUUCUUGGCAUGUAUUGUGUGAAAUAUUUUAAUUUUUUUCAAUAGAUCCAGUUUGUUUCUAAUUUAGAAUAUAUUCACAUUUCCACUAGGAGGAUGUGAAAGUAGUUCGAAAAGCAAGGUAACUUGUGAUGUAUUACAGGAACUCUCACUCAAGAUUAGGAUGGGCAUUGACAUGAAGAGAAAUAGGGCCGAAGAAUUAGCCAUCUACCUGAAAAUAGUGUCCUGUAGUGCAGAUUACAUGGAUUGGGACUGUUACCCCUUUACAUUAGUAUCACUCAUGUAUCAUGCCAUCCAUUAACUUCCCUGUUUUUCUGUCUCUGAAGAGGAUAAAAGCUGCAGGGAGAGUAUUGAUGUUGUAACAUGUUCUGCUUACACAUUUCCAAGUGGAUGUCUACCAAGUUUAGAUAGGAGCAUGACACAUAAUACAGAUGUUCAUUAGAUGUUGUUUUAAGCUUUCAGAAAGAGAAUAAAAACAGGACAGGAACACUCAAAUAGCAGUUGCUUUAAGUGUAUAUUUUUAGUUAAGUCAGGAUUUUCCUAGGGUUUUUUCCCCGGGUGUUCUUAACCUGGUGUUUAUAAUCUUUCUGGUCAGUGUGUUCAAGCAUAUGUUUGUUUGCGCAUCUGUGUGUUGGGGGAGGUUCUCUCUUUGUCUUUUUGUCACUGUCUUGUCACAUUGCUCUAAUAAUAGCUACACACACAUCAUCUUUGUUAAUUGAAAAGAAUUUAUAUUGACUUUAUCUGCAAGUUGUCAAAUAGGGGCAUCUCCAUAACCUAAAGGAAUAGUAUCCAAAAGGAGUAUCUUCAGUUUUGCUCUAUGACUGGGCUCUUGUAAGUUGUGUGUCUGAACUUCUCAAAAUAGACUUUUGUUUAAAAAAAAAUAGAGGUAGCUGGAAUUUAUUUAGUUUGUCAGGUUUAACAUUCAGCACAGUUCAGUUUUUGUUUUUAGUGAGCUGAUACAUGUAGCAAGCUACUGCACAUUUAAAAGUGAAAAGUACAAUAAAAUAAGGCUUAGAAAUAAAGUAAAAACAAGUAUAUUCUAUUUAUAGCAUAUAGUAGAAGAAAUGGGGACUGCUGUGUACAUGAAGCAAUGGCACGGAACAAAGCAAAAUGUAAAUUAACUGCUUGGUUAUAGAUGAGCAAAUAUAACUAAAUUUGUUUGAUGAAAAUAAUUAACAACAAAAGAAAACUGCUGCUUUCCUUGGCUUGGUUCUUGACAAAAACUCUAAUUUUUAGAGUGUCUGGUAAUAAAAACACAUGAAAAGUCAGGUGAUAAGCUAAAUUAAAAUCUGCUGUAUCUGCUGUCUACACUUUGAUACAAUAUAAUUUAUGGCUGUAAGCAUUUAUAAACAACUUGUCAUGAUGAUCACUUUUUUUAAUAAGUUGAUGUGCAUCUGGACUCCAGUAUUCAUAGUUAUCAGAUUCUGCAGUGUAAUAAAACUGCUCUGUGCUUUUUUUUUAGGGAGUUUAUACAAUGCUGCUGCUGUUAUAAAUUGCUAACUAUAAAACAGCCUAAAAUCUUGAGAUUUAUUUUGUAUUUCAUGUCAAGUGUUAAGACAUGUUCAGUUUUAGUGUUAGACUUUUUACAUCCUUUUUUGGAAAAUAACUGAGCUAGUUUUUAUAACACUUAGCACCGUCUUGUAAACUGUUUUAAAAUGUUCAUUAUGUUAGGAAAACAUGCACUUUUGCCACCAAAGCUACAUGCAACUGUUAUAUACCUCUGGAUAUUUGUGCCAAUGAACAACAUGUAACAACUCCGCACUGGGUUAAAGUAAAAUCAUUUUUCUACUUUUUUUUAAACUGGAACUUCAAGCAUUCAUAAUAAACAAGUAUUUAGAAUCUAUAAGUUUAUUUGAAAACCUUUUACAAUUUUAAUACUUGGUUUGAUACAUUUACUUAUGACAGAGUGCAGUCAAAGUUUUUAUUUAAAUUAUUCACUAUAACUUAAUGUAUGAAUUCCUACCGUGGUUAAAAAAAAAAAUGCUACUUCUGUUUUUAAAUCAGUUUUAAAUGAUUUGAGGGACAAUCCUGCAGCCUUUAAUCAGGCCAGACAGAAUUCUGUAAGAUGCUUAAGCACAGACCUAACUUAGUUAUUUGCUUAAGUACUUCAGAGAACUGAAGCUUGAGUAGGAACUGCAUUACUUAACCCUUUUUAAUUUGGUUUGAGACUUAGGCUCUGAUUCAGCUCUGAUGUACAUAAUCCUUAAUUAGAAGCAAUCCUACUACAUAUUCUGAUUUUGCAAGCAUCUCAUAGGACCUACGUUGGGUAGAGCUUUUGCAGGUUUAGGACCAUAGCUGUAAGGGUGGCUUAUAAGUAAGGAUUUCCAGUAUUAUUCCAUCUGGGCAUAAGUGUCCAAAUACUGUUAAAUGUCAUGCUUACGGGGAGAAACACUGACAGAUGUGUUCAAUGUCUUUAACAUCUGUCCCUUGGAUUGUCAAGGUAUUGAAGCGUUGUGUGGUCAUUGAGAUACCAGCAAAGGUUUCUUUUCCUUUUCCCAAAAAACUGGGAGAACAUUUUAUAUUUAUAGUUAUUGUAAAUCUGAAAAAAUGCAUGAAACAUUAUGCUUAAUUUUUUUAAUGUUACACAUUUAUUUGAAUGGAAAAAAACUGACUUUAAUAUUGUUCCAUUAAUUGUGCAGCUUGGAGAACAAUAUAUGAGACGUCAGUAGUUAACUGUAACAUUUUACAGCACUCUACAUGACGUAAUCAAAGUGCUGCCAGAUCAAAAUUGAAAAGGACUUAAUACUUCCUCACUGUGAUUUUUGAACUGUUUGGUGGGGCAAAACACUGUGCCUUAAAUCAUUAAAUUAACACUGCAAUUGUAGCAUUUAUACUUCUGUAGCCUUAGAUGCCAUUGUGAAAGUCCAUUUCAAAUUGUCCAAAGAUUUUUUUGUUAAAUAGGGAUCACGCUGCAAUUUGGUUGGGGCAAGAAUAAGUUAAUUUCUGAAAGCUUUCUUACUGUAGCUGUAGCCUUCUCAGAAGCCUCCAUUACUUUUUAACUGUGCUAGACUUAUUUAAUGAGUUUUGGGUUUGGCCAACCAAAAUCAGGAAAUUCAGAAUUUUAAUUGAUGCUGUAUUCUCAAAUCUUGCUAUUAUGACAAAAAAAGAAAAAGAGAUGAUAAAAAAAAUUGAGUUUUAGCCUUUAAGUAAGUGUACAUUUGGGGGGGGGGGGUGACACCCCCCCCGGCCAUCCCAAUUUUGAUUACAUGUAAUACUUGUGUGGGUUUUUUUAAGAAGGUUCAGUUCCUUUCCUUUCCCCAUGCCCCUCUGGAAACCUUAAAGCUCUAGCAAUUACAGAAAGCAUUGUUUUUUAAAUAGUGAAUAGUUAAUAUCUGGGUGUUUCUUAAAAGGAAAGCAAGGAAAAAGGUAUAAUAUUAAAUAGUGAAUCAUAUUUAUGAAGAAUUUUUUUACAUAUAAUCUACAAAGGAUAUAGAUAUAUCCUUUGUAGUUUAAUAUGUCAACAGUUUUCUUCAGAAAUAUGAUAUAUAACUGCAAAGAAGUUUUAUACAUAUUCCUUUUUUGCCUCUUUUGAUAAGUAAGAGGACCUGAAAUGCCUGUUUUUGUUGUAGCUUGACACUUUGUAAAGUUUUUCAGGAAAGUAAACUGGCUUUUCUAAGUUUUGUUGUUGGAUUUACUUGGAGAUCUCUUAAAAAAUAAAUAAAAAAAUUAACAUUC